GGUAUUAAUAUCACAAUACGGUACAUAACACAUAAUUUUAAUAGAUGAAUCAACUUAAAAAUAAUACUUAGUGACGUUACAUGACAUGAUCACAAGUUGUUACUACAAUAUUGUCACGUUUUAUGAUAGCUAUAUCUGAAGGGGUAUAAAAGUAAUUUACAUCCUCUCGAUCUAUCUACGAAUAAAUAUCAAUGCAAACCUUUGGAUGGAUGUGAAUGUGAAAGAGAGAGAUACACAGGCAUGCAUAAUGAGAGAGAAAUGGAGGAGGUGUACUCUGUGAAAAUGGAGGAUGAGCACCUCCUUCCUCAUCAUCAAGAUGAUAUCCCUACAUCUGUUCUCCUUAAUCUGUAUUUGGGCCACUUCUUAGCCAGAUGGGGUGCCAGGACUUAUCUUAACUGAAGCUUUAUAAGUAUUUCUACUGCUUGGGAGUUCCCUUUUAAGACAUGGGAGUUUUCAGUUGGGUUGUAUAUGAUAAACAUUUGGCCGGAUUCUUUGCUUAUGGCUGCAGCCUAUGGGGUGGUCGAGUCCACAUCAACCACAUUAUUUGGUCCCCUUGUAGGCCAAUGGAUCGAUAACUCCACAUAUCCGAAGGUUUUACGGUUUUGGCUCUUAACACAAAAUCUCUCAUUUAUCAUUGCGGGAGUCACGGUGGUUGGACUUCUAAUCUCUCCAGAUUUGCGUGUCACCAACAUCCCUACAUUUUCUUUGCUUGUUGUGUUAACCAAUCUCUCCGGAGCUGUUGCGGUUCUUUCGACUCUUGCAGGAACCAUCCUAAUUGAAAGAGAAUGGGUGGUGGUAAUAUCAGAAGGGAAUUCUUCAAACUUACUAACAAAGUUGAAUUCCACAAUCCGGAGAAUCGAUCUAAUAAGCAACUUAUUCGCACCUGUUGUCACAGGAUUCAUCAUCAGUUUCGUGUCAAUGGUUGCAUCGGCUGUCAGUUUAGCAAUCUGGAACAUACUCUCAGCUUUCUUGCAGUACUGGCUCCUAAACUCUGUAUAUAAAGGGAUUCCAGCUCUUUCAGAGAGCAACCGAAAACGUGGACUAAAACUAACCACGCCAAAUCAUCUAAAACAAGCCCCUUCUACUUGUCUGGAACAAACUAGUGGCCAUCACGACACUUCUGAAGACGUUUCUUCGGGUACUUUUAAAGGGGUAUAUGACAGUCCGUUUAUUCAUGCUUGGCGAGUGUACCUUCAACAAGACGUGGUUCUACCAGGACUAUCCCUUGCUUUACUCUAUUUUACAGUCCUCAGUUUUGGGACUUUGAUGACUGCGACAUUGGAGUGGGACGGAAUACUAGCAUACAUAAUUGGAACAGGCAGAGGAAUAAGCGCGAUAAUUGGUAUUUCCGCCACAUUUUUGUACCCUUUAAUGGAGACUCGAAUCUCAACCCUUCGAACUGGACUUUGGUCAAUCUGGUCACAGUGGACCUGCCUCUUGGUCUGUGUUGGCUCAAUAUGGGUGCAAAACAGUACAACAUCGGCUUACUUGUUGAUGGUGGGAGUAGCAGCGUCACGUUUGGGGCUAUGGAUGUUUGAUCUAUCAGUCAUUCAACAAAUGCAGGAUCAAGUUUCUGAAUCUGAUAGAGCUGUUGUUGGUGGCGUUCAAAACUCGAUUCAGUCUUUCUGGGACUUGAUGACAUACAUCAUGGGGCUGAUUAUCUCCAACCCUCAGGAUUUUUGGAAGUUAAUCUUGAUAUCGUUCGGGUUGGCGACAAUAGCGGCGAUAAUCUAUAGUGUACAUGUAUAUCGAGUUCGGAAACACCUUUUUCACUUUAAAAAGUUGAUCAUGUUCUUUAAUCAUUAUGUAUAAAUCGUCAUUGUUAUAGUUUAGAGAUUUGAUAUAUGUUUUCA